AUGUCAUUCGAAGUAGGGACUCGUUGUUGGUACCCCAGCAAAGAAUUUGGCUGGAUCGGCGCUGAAGUGACUAAAAACGAUCUAAUAGAUGGUAAAUAUCACCUGGAAUUACUCUUAGAAGAUGAUCAAACCGUAUCUAUUGAAGCAGAAAAACUAGAUGAUGAAUCGAAUAAAGAAUUACCGUUAUUACGAAACCCACCUGUUCUGGAAACCACAGAAGAUUUAACUUCUUUAUCUUAUUUGAACGAACCAGCUGUGUUACAUGCAAUUAAACAAAGAUAUGCCCAAUUAAAUAUAUAUACUUAUUCAGGUAUUGUCUUGAUUGCGACCAAUCCGUUUGAUAGAGUAGAUCAAUUGUAUUCUCCAGAUAUGAUUCAAGCUUAUGCUGGCAAAAGAAGAGGUGAAAUGGAACCGCAUUUGUUCGCUAUUGCUGAAGAAGCUUACAGUUUGAUGAAAAAUGAUAAACAGAACCAAACUAUUGUUGUCAGUGGUGAAUCUGGUGCUGGUAAAACCGUCUCUGCUAAAUACAUUAUGCGUUAUUUUGCUUCAGUAGAAGAAGAAAUGUCUUCUAAUAUGGGAAAUUUACAACAUCAAGUGGAAAUGUCGGAAACUGAAGAAAAAAUACUGGCUACCAACCCAAUUAUGGAAGCAUUUGGUAAUGCCAAGACUACUAGAAAUGAUAAUUCAUCUAGAUUCGGGAAAUAUUUAGAAAUUUUAUUCGAUAAGAACACCUCCAUCAUCGGUGCUAAGAUUAGAACUUACCUUUUAGAAAGAUCCAGAUUAGUGUAUCAACCUGCAACAGAAAGAAACUAUCAUAUUUUUUAUCAGUUAUUGGCUGGUUUACCAGAGGAGACCAAAAAUGAAUUACAUUUAACCAACCCUACAGAUUUCUUUUACAUGAACCAAGGUGGUGACCAUCAAAUUAAAGGGGUAGACGAUGCCAAAGAAUAUCAAGUUACAGUGGAUGCUUUAACAUUGGUCGGUAUUAACGAUUCGGUGCGUAACGGUAUUUUCAAGAUCUUAGCUGCACUAUUACAUAUUGGUAACAUUGAGGUAAAAAAAACAAGAAAUGAUGCAUCUGUAUCUUCAGAUGAUCCAAGUUUAAAAAUUGCUUGUGAAUUAUUAGGUGUUGAUUCCUUCAAUUUUGCAAAAUGGAUUACAAAGAAACAACUCACUACUAGAGCUGAAAAAAUUGUAUCAAAUCUGAAUUAUAAUCAAGCACUGGUAGCGAGAGAUUCUGUGGCUAAAUUCAUUUAUUCUGCUUUAUUCGAUUGGUUAGUGGAAAACAUCAAUACUGUACUAUGUAACCCUGAAGUGGUGGAUCAAGUUAACUCUUUCAUUGGUGUAUUGGAUAUUUAUGGUUUUGAACACUUUGAAAAAAACUCAUUUGAACAAUUCUGCAUCAAUUAUGCUAAUGAAAAACUACAACAGGAAUUUAAUCAACACGUUUUUAAAUUAGAGCAAGAGGAGUAUGUGAAAGAAGAAAUUGAAUGGUCUUUUAUCGAAUUUAAUGAUAACCAACCUUGUAUCGAUCUAAUUGAAAAUAAGUUAGGUAUCUUAUCUCUAUUGGAUGAAGAAAGUAGAUUACCUGCUGGCUCUGAUGAAUCUUGGACUCAAAAAUUAUAUCAAACUUUAGAUAAACCCCCAACCAACAAAGUUUUCUCCAAACCAAGAUUUGGUCAAACUAAAUUCAUUGUCAGUCAUUAUGCGCACAAUGUUACUUAUGAUACCGAGGGGUUCAUCGAAAAGAACAGAGAUACAGUAUCAGAUGGGCAUUUAGAAGUGUUAAAAGCAACCACUAAUGAAACUUUAAAACAUAUCUUAGACACUUUGGAUAAAGCUGCAGAAAGGCUAGAAGAAGCCAAACGUCAAGAAAAAGAAAAAUUUGAUCCAACUAUUAAAAAAAGACCAGGUCCAAUGAGAACAAUAACCAAAAAACCAACGUUAGGGUCCAUGUUUAAACAAUCGUUGAUUGAGUUAAUGAACACUAUUAAUUCCACCAAUGUUCAUUACAUUCGUUGUAUUAAACCCAAUAAUGAAAAAGAGCCAUGGAAAUUUGACAAUUUGAUGGUCUUGUCUCAAUUAAGAGCCUGUGGUGUUUUAGAAACUAUUAGAAUAUCAUGUGCAGGUUUCCCAUCUAGAUGGACAUUUAAUGAAUUUAUUCUAAGAUAUUAUAUUUUGAUAGCUACAGAUGAAUGGUCACGGAUUUUCCAAAAGAAAGAUACAAAUGAAGCAGAUAUCAUUAACAUGUGCAAAAAAAUUCUUGAUGUUACUGUGAAGGAUAAGAAAUUAUACCAAAUUGGUAACACAAAAAUUUUCUUUAAAGCUGGUAUGCUAGCUUAUUUGGAAAAAUUAAGAAGUAAUAAAAUGAAUCAUGCUAUAACUUUGAUUCAAAAACGUAUAAGGUCCAAAUACCAAAGAAAACAAUAUUUGGCAAUUCAAAAAUCUAUCGGAAAAGUACACGUCUUUACUAAAGGUAAGAUAAUUCGUGAUAAGAUAACUUCUGAAAUAAAGAAUAAUGCUGCUCUGUUAGUUCAAACCAAAUAUCGUGGUAUCUUGGUACGUAAGAAUACUGAACAUGCAUACAAUAGUAUUAUAACAAUUCAAUCCAAGAUUAGAAAGCAACUGACCCUGAGAAAGAUGAGAGCUAAACAUGAAUUAGAAGCUGCUAUCACAAUUCAAAGUAGAAUAAGGACUUUCAAGCCAAGGCAAUUCUUUAUAUAUCGCAGAAAGCAUGCCGUGAUUAUUCAAUCCUUCAUUAGAAAACAUAUUGCACAAGCUAAAUUAAAGGCUCUAAGAGCUGAAGCUAAAAGUGUUGUUCGUUUACAAGAAGCUAGUUAUAAAUUGGAAAACAAGGUCAUUGAGUUAACAGAAAAUCUUGCAAGUAAAGUUAAAGAAAACAAAGAAAUCCAAUCUAGAUUACUAGAAUUACAAAAGACUUUAGAAGCUACCGAGGAGUUAAGAACUACAAUAGAAACACAAAAACAAGAGCGUGCGAGAUUAGUGGAAGAACAAAGUGUACAAUUAGCUCAUCAACGUAAACAAUUCGACGAGGAACUAGAAUUGAAUAAAAAGAUUCUAGAAGAAUGUAGGGCUGAAUUGGCUGAAAUGAGUUCGAGACAUGAGUUGUUAAAAGAAGAAUCUUUAGCUACUCUAGAAGAAUUAGAAACCACGAAACAGAAGUUACUUGACUAUCAAACCCAAAACGCUGAUUUGCAGAAUGAAGUAAAGUCAUUAAAAGAGGAAUUAGUUCGUUUACAAAACACCAUUGCUCUUGGCACUGUCACAACCAGUGUUAUUCCACAAACUCCAGGUAUGAGUAAAGCAACCAGAGUGUUAAGUAGGGAAUUUAUAGAAGAUAAUACCUUUGAAGGUGAAGGUGGAUAUGACGAAUCUACCAAUGCUGUAGAACCAGUUACAUCUAUCAGUGCAGCUGAGAUUAAUGAAGAAUUAUACAGAUUACUGGAAAAUACCGAUACCCUGAACGUCGAAAUUACUGAAGGCUUAUUAAAAGGUUUCAAAGUUCCAGAUGCUGGUGUUGCUACACAAUUAAGUAAAAGAGAUGUUGUUUAUCCUGCAAGAAUUUUGAUUAUUGUUUUAAGUGAAAUGUGGAGAUUUGGCCUAACUAAACAAAGCGAAAGUUUCUUAGCUCAAGUUUUAACGACCAUCCAAAAAGUAGUGACAACUCUAAAAGGAAAUGACUUGAUUCCUAGUGGUGCAUUUUGGUUAGCUAAUGUUAGAGAAUUAUAUCUUUUUGUUCUGUUUGCUCACCAUUCUAUUUUGACAGAGGAAACUUUCAAACAAGAUAUGAAUGAUAACGAAUAUAAUGAAUAUGUCUCUCUUGUGACUGAGUUGAAAGAGGAUUUUGAAUCAUUAAGUUACAACAUUUACAAUAUUUGGUUGAAGAAGCUACAAAAAGAAUUACAAAAGAAGGCUGUAGCCGCUAUUGUUAUGUCUGAAUCCUUACCUGGUUUUAGUGCAAGUGAAAAUAAUGGGUUCCUAAACAAAUUAUUUAAUUCAAAUGAUUCUUACAGUAUGGAUGAUAUUUUAACAUUCUUUAACAGUAUAUACUGGUGCAUGAAGUCAUUCCAUAUUGAGCAUGAAGUAUUUCGUCGUGUAGUGACAACUUUAUUAAAUUAUGUUGAUGCUAUAUGUUUCAAUGAUUUGAUUAUGAGACGCAAUUUCCUUUCAUGGAAACGUGGUUUACAACUGAAUUACAAUAUCACAAGAUUGGAAGAAUGGUGCAAAUCCCAUGGUUUACUUGAUGGUGCCGAUUGUUUACAACAUUUAAUACAGACUGCUAAAUUAUUACAAUUGAAAAAAUAUACAAUUGAAGAUAUAAAUAUAUUAAGAGCGAUCUGUAGUGACUUAACACCAACUCAAUUACAAAAAUUAAUAACACAAUCACAUGUAGCAGAUUACGAAUCACCAAUUCCGCAAGAAGUCUUACGAUAUGUUGCAGAUAUUGUCAAACAAGAAAGUGCUAUCUCCAAUGAAAAUGGUAAACAUAAUAAUAACGACAUAUUUCUACACGCUGAGACAGGCCCAUUUAACGAUCCGUUUAUGGAUAUUCCUACAAAGAAAUUCGAUCAAGUCGAGGCAUACAUUCCCAUUUGGUUAAACUUACCUACUACAAAAAGAAUAGUGGAUUUGAUUGCACAAAAUGUUAAUGUUGUAGAAUAA